AUGGCCAGGAAAGCUUCCUCAACGGCUGAUGUUCCCCCGAAAAAGCCCAAGGAUGAACCACAACACCGCCUAUUUGCUGAAAAGCAGCAGAAAAGAAACGCUGGAACAAAACGGAAGAGGGGGAAGGAAUGCGCUGCUUCUCAGGCUGCUGAAUCCCAGGUGUUUAAUCCACAGUGGAGAAUCCACACAGGGGAGAAGCCUGAUAACUGCUUGAAGAGUGGAAGGAGCUUUGCUUGGAAGAGAGACCUUUCUAGCCACCAGCGUAUCCACAUUGGGGAGAAAGCUUAUAAAUGCUUGGAGUGUGGAAAGGCCUUUGCUUCGAGUUCAAAUCUUAAUGUCCAUCAGCGUAUCCACUCUGGGGAGAAACCUCAUAAAUGCUUGCAGUGUGGAAAGAGCUUUGUUCGACGUUCACAACUUACUAUCCAUCAGCGUAUCCACACUGGGGAGAAACCUUAUAAAUGCUUGCAGUGUGCAAAGGGCUUUACUCGGAGUUCAAACCUUACUGUCCAUCAGCGUAUCCACUCUGGGGAGAAACCUUAUAAAUGCUUGCAGUGUGGAAAGAGCUUUGUUCAGAAUUCAUAUCUUACUGUUCAUCAGCGUAUCCACAAUGGGGAGGAACCUAAUAAAUGCUUGCAGUGUGGGAGGAGCUUUGCUGCCCGUUCAAGCCUUACUAUCCAUCAGCGUAUCCACAACGGGGAGAAACCUCAUAAAUGCUUGCAUUGUGGAAAGAGCUUUGUUCGACGUUCACAACUUACUAUCCAUCAGCGUAUCCACACUGGGGAGAAACCUUAUAAAUGCUUGCAGUGUGGAAAGAGCUUUGCUGAGGGUUCAAAACUUACUAUCCAUCAGCGUAUCCACACGGGGGAGAAACCUUAUAAAUGCUUGCAGUGUAGAAAGAGCUUUGCUCGGGGUUCAAACCUUACUAUCCAUCAGCGUAUCCACAAUGGGGAGGAACCUUAUAAAUGCUUGCAGUGUGGAAAGAGUUUUGCUUAUAAUUCUAUACUUACAAUCCAUCAGCGUAUCCACUCUGGGGAGAAACCUUAUAAAUGCUUGCAGUGUGGAAAGAGCUUUGCUCGGCGUGCAAACCUUACUGUCCAUCACCGUAUCCACACUGGGGAGGAACCUUAUAAAUGCUUGCAGUGUGGAAAGGCCUGUGCUUCUAAUUCAGAGCUUACCAUCCAUCAGCGUAUCCACACUGGGGAGAAACCUUAUAAAUGCUUGCAGUGUGGAAAGUGCUUUGCUUCGAGUUCAAAGCUUAGUGUACAUCAACGUAUCCACACUGGGGAGAAACCUUAUAAAUGCUUGCAGUGUGGAAAGGCCUUUGCUUCUAAUUCAGAGCUUACCAUCCAUCAGCGUAUCCACACUGGGGAGAAACCUUAUAAAUGCUUGCAGUGUGGAAAGGGCUUUGCUUCGAGUUCAAAGGUUAGUGUCCAUCAACGUAUCCACACUGGGGAGAAACCUUAUAAAUGCUUGCAGUGUGGAAAGGGCUUUGCUUCGAAAUCAAACCUUACUAUCCAUCAACGUAUCCACACUGGGGAGAAACCUUAUAAAUGCUUGCAGUGUGGAAAGGGCUUUGCUUCGAGUUCAGAGCUUAUUGUCCAUCAACGUAUCCACACUGGGGAGAAACCUUAUAAAUGCUUGCAGUGUGGAAAGGGCUUUGCUUCGAGUCAAAGUCUUACUAUCCAUCAGCAUAUCCACACUGGGGAGGAACCUUAUAAAUGCUUGCAGUGUGGAAAGAGCUUUGCUCAGAGUUCAAACCUUACUGUCCAUCACCGUAUCCACACUGGGGAGAAACCUUAUAAAUGCUUGCGGUGUGGAAAGAGCUUUGCUCAGUGUUCAAACCUUACUACCCAUCAACGUAUCCACACUGGGGAGAAACCUUAUAAAUGCUUGCAGUGUGGAAAAGACUUUGCUCAAAAUUCACAGCUCACUAUCCACCAGGGUAUUCACACUCGAGAGAAACCUUAUAAAUGCUUGCAGUGUGCAAAGGGCUUUGCUUCAAGUUCAAGUCUUACUGUCCAUCAGCGUAUCCACACUGGGGAGAAACCUUAUAAAUGCUUGCAGUGUGGAAAGGGCUUUGCUCGGCGUUCAAACCUUACUGUCCAUCACCGUAUCCACACUGGGGAGAAACCUUAUUAA